AUGUCUAUUGAAGGGGCGAAAGUUGAAGGCAUAAUUUCUUUAAUUAAUACUAAUGUAGAAGCUAUAAAAGUGAUUAAAGAGUGGAAAGAACAGACAGAAAUUCUGAAAUCCAUUUUAUUCUUCAUUUUUAAAGAAAAAAAAGAGAAAAUUAUAAAUUUUAUUUGUGAAGAGAAAUCAGAUUGGCUUAAAUAUACAAAUUCUACAGGAGAGACACCAUUACUUAUUGCAAUUAAGAAUGGAAGUAGUCAAUGCAAACUAAUUUCAAAGAAAAGUAGUUUAUCUAUUAAAACACAAAAUGGGAAUAAUAUUGUUCAUUAUAUUUGUCAGUCAACAAUUCCUAAAAAAGAUAAAUUUUUAAAGUACGUUGUUAGUCAAAAUCCAUUGGCUUUAGAAGAUAUUAAUGAAAAUGGAGAUACUCCUCUUCAUUGUAUAGCACGAACUCAAGACUAUGAAUCAACCAUAUUAUUACUGAAAUUAGGGGCUUCAAAAACAAAACAAAAUAAGAAUGUUAUGACACCUGCACUUAUUGCAUUAGAAGAAGGAAAUUUUUUAAUGUGGGACAUAUUAAAAGAAGGGUCUAAAACAAUUGAAGAUAUAAAUGAAGAAAAUAAAGAGACUGAAGAGUCAUUAACUUCAUUAAUGAAAACAAAAUUAGAAGGAGCAACUUAUAAAGGUAAAAUGGUAAUGGAACAAAAAGUAAAUGAAUUAAAAGCAUCAUUAGCAGAAUUACGUAAAAAGAAAACAAGUUUAAAUGAAAAAUUAGAUGAAAUAUUAAAACGAGAAAGAGCAAAAGAAAUAAUAUUAUCAAUUGAUGGAGGUGGAAUUAAAGGAGUUUUAGAAUGUAUUAUUCUUGCUCGUAUUCUUGAAAAACAUCCACAAUUUUUAAAAAAUAUUGAUUUAGUUUGUGGAUGUUCUGUAGGUUCGAUAUUAGUUUCUAUGUUAGCUAUUGGAAUAACACCACGAAAUUGUAGCGAUUUACUUAAUAUCAUUUCUCAAGAAGUAUUUGUUAAACCAACAAUUGCAAUAAAUCAACCAAAAUAUCGUAAUGAUAAAUUGAAGUAUAUAUUAGAGUAUAUAUUUAAAGAAAUUAAAAUUAAAGAUAUUCAAUGUAAAUAUCUUGUGGACACUUUUAGAAUUGACUCUGAAGAACAAGAACCAAAUCGAUCAUGUGAGUCUUUUUGUUUUACUAAUCUUCAAAAAGGAUUUGAAGAAGAAAAAUUAAGUGAUAUUUGUCUACGUUCUUCUUCUGCUCCAACAUACUUUCAGCCAUAUCAAAAUUUCGUAGAUGGAGGUAUGCUGAAUAAUACUCCAAUUGGACUUUGUUGGUCAUUUUUAUUUGGUGAAGAAGGUCUUCAAUUAAACCCAAAAAAAGUUGUUUGUUUCUCAUUAUCAGCAGGAAAGCCAGACCCUUUUUAUAUUGACAGUAAUAAAAUUGGUAAGGAGGAAUUAUGCAAUGGGCAACACAAAUUAGUGACACUUUUAUGUAUGCCACUAGAAGUUGGACUAUUAAAUCGGGUAGAAUACCAAACUGAAUUAAUUCCAAAAUUAAAAGAAAUUGCAGAAGAAGUUGACUUAACUAAAGUUGGUCAAUGGUUAAACAAGUAUUGGGAUAAUUAA